AUGAUUCCCUCCCCGGAACCAGUCGUUAUUCCAACUUCCUAUGAAGCCGUGCCUACCACUGAUAUCAAGGUAUUUCAUCAUCCGCGAGGUAGCAAAGAGGCUACCUCUGUGAUUGUGGUGACUCUGAACAGGCCACAAAAUCAAAAUGCAUUUACCAUCAGUAUGAUGGAUGAUUUCGAAAAGUUGUUCCCAAUUUUUGAUGUUGAUGAGCGGGUUAAAGUGAUUGUCCUCACUGGGGCAGGAAAAACAUUCUGCGCAGGCGCAGACCUAGACAUCGGGUUCCAUGGAGAUGGAGGACGAUCAGUGGACUACCGUGAUCCUGGAGGCCGGCUUGCACUUGCCAUCUAUCGAUGCCGGAAACCUACCAUUGCGGCGAUGCAAGGAUCAGCGGUUGGGCUGGGUAUGACCAUGACUCUACCAGCUGCUAUCAGAAUCGGCUACGAGCGUGCAAAAUACGGGUUUGUAUUUGCACGCCGUGGAGUGACAAUGGAAUCUAGCUCGUCCUUCUUUCUGCCUCGUUUAAUAGGCUACUCGUGUGCCAUGUAUCUUCUCACCACUGGUGGAGUAUUUCCUCCUAACUCCAAGCAUUUCGGUACUCUAUUUGCAGAAAUCUUUCCGGAGCCAUCGCAGGUACUCCAACGCGCCUUGGAGCUGGCAACAGAGAUCGCAGAGAAUGUUAGCCCCUUAGCAUCGUACUUGAACCGAUCGCUUAUGUGGCGAAACCCAGGCUCUGCAGAAGGGGCACACCUGGUUGACUCCGCAGUUCUGAGUCAUAUGUUCAGUGCAAAGGACCAGAAAGAAGGAGUAAGUGCCUUCUUUGAGCGACGUAAACCGAACUUUACUGCAACAAUCGAGGAAGAUGGGCCCCCUAAUUUUCCUUGGUGGCAAGAAGUAGACACAGGCAGUAGAGCCAAAGCGGGCUCAGCAAAAAUUUAA